AUGUCUCCAAAUAACCCGUUCCGGUUGAUGCUUAUCGAGCCAAGUUACUUUACUCAUGGAUUACGGCAAGUGAGGUCAAGCAUAAAUCACUUAGACGGCCGCCCUACACAGGAGCAGUUCCUGUUCUCACACUAUGUGUGCCAUGUUGCGUUCCUCAUGACACCUAUCGACGAUGGUAGAAAUCCCUGGAAGUCAGUUUAUCCAGCAAUGGCUUUGGGCAGCCAAUCUGCCGCGUGUAAAAGUCUAUACCACGGCCUCCUUUCACAAGCAGCUUUCAAUCUCGCAAACUUGCGACGCGGAGAUUGUGAUUCCUUCUCUCGGCACCGUCAUGAGGGGCUCAAGCAUUAUGGCAUAUCGCUGAACAUGCUCCGAGAGAGCCUUGAUACGCCUGAUUCUGAGUUCGUUUGUCAGGUUGCCACUUUCCUGACAAUCCUGAUGAUUGAGGGGGUUUAUUCUACAGAGGUAUACAGCUGGCGUUCACAUUUCAAAGGAGCAGCUGCGCUAGUGAACAAAAUGUUGCAUGGUCGAGACUGGACCCAAUCGUCAGAUGCAUGGGUAAUAUCCCAAAGCCUCGCCUUAUCUCUGGAGAUUGCGAAGACGGGCCAUGUUGAUUCGGCACGGCACGCUGGUCCUACUGGGAUGCUCCUGGACGCUCUGUCCACGAGGACCGACUUUGGUUACACUAUUGGGAGCCCUCGAGCGGCGCUUAAAGCACUUUCAACACUACAGAGAGUUGACAGGGUAAAAGAUGGUCAUGGGCUAGAACUAAAUAAUCUAGAGGUUGAAAUAUCUGAUGCAUUGCGGACCUUGAACUUGAUGCAGGGGGAAGACACUGGACAUCCACGAAGACUUCACAAAGAGCGCCCACAGACCCAUCAGCGGCUGGAUUACCUCGCCCACCUGCAUUCACGGAUGUUUCUAAACGCAGUCAUCAUAUAUUUGAAGCGACUCACACCCGGCGUGACGCCUUCACAGGUCAGCACAUAUACUUCAUCCGUCCUGAAUGACAUGUCAACAUUUCUUGACUUGGAUGGCGGGAGCAUAUCGUUAUGGCCGGUAUUCGUCGCGGCAGUGGAAGCGUGUGCGCCAAAUGAGCGAGAUAUGGUUCGGAGAUGGUUUGAAUUCUCUUCCCGCCUGGGGAUCGAGAAUAGGGUCCAGGCUCGUCAGAUAAUCGAAAGGGUUUGGCAGACAAGGGACUCAGUCGCUGACGAGACAGGAUGCCCGGUAGCGGAAACUAUUGUUGACUGGACCACUGUACAGCAAGUCUUGGGGAUUGAUAUAUUGUUACUGUAG